AUGCUAUCCUGGUCACGCCUCGCCUUCUUGUUUCUGAGCUCCUCUCGUCUUUACUCUUCAGCAAUUCGGAACAACCCGGCAACAAGGCACGUCUGCGACGCUGAGAACCCCAAGUUACUAUGCCCUGCAUCUAGGCCAGCUUGCCAUACCCAACAUCAGGAAUACGACUUCCUUGCAGUUGGUGGGAGGGGCGUCAUGGCGGACAACUAUCCACAGUUUCUUUCGUCGGUCAUGGCAGGCGCAGAAGCGCACGCGCCCAGGAGCCAAGAAGAGCUUAACCAUUCCUUUUUAGCUGGACAACCUUUGCCCAUCAAUACCGUCCCUCUCAAUUACCAAAACUUUGGACAUUUCACUGGUUUUCCAGGGCCCUCGUUUGCUUUUCAGCAGUCAAUAUCCAAAGGGAGGCGAAAAUCCGCUUCGGCAGCCGCUACGGAAACAGAACAGAUUAAGCACCGCAGAACAAGAUCUGGGUGUUUUACUUGCCGAGGCCGCAGAGUUAAGUGCGAUGAAGCUCGCCCAAUAUGUGAGCGCUGUCGCAAAGGGGGUCGAGACUGCGUCUAUCCUGAUGCAUCAAUAUCCAAGGGUAGCACUCGACAGAAAGAAUCCACCUCCAAUUCGGCCUCGACUCAGAGCCCGACAUCUUCAAACUCCGAGGACGCAGAGCAAGAUGACGCUAAGCGCUCUGGGGCUCUCGAUACGAUACCAGACGAGGAUGAAGACAGCACAUCUCCAAAGCAUGCACUAAAAAGCAAGCUUGUUCUACAAAUAUCGGAUCGCAAUUCGCGUGGAAAUUACAGUCUGUCACCAUCUUCCGCUACAUCGACCCUGGUAGACCAACUUGUUCCCGGUCACCAACAACCCAAUUUCCACUCGCUUCUGAUGGGAGAUCAGAAUCUGUCCAAUCUGCCUAACGACUACAAACUUCACCUGCAGUAUCUAUACGAGAACGUGACUCCCCAUCAUUAUUCUCUCACCAACGACACAGACAACUUCUUUGUUCGUGGUAUGAUUAUCGAGGCAUCAAAGAAUCGGCUGUUGCUGAAUGCCGUGGUCGCCUUCUCUUCUUACUUGCGAAGCGCCGAACAACCAGACGGAAAACUUGGAGACUUCUUACUUUACUACAACCGCAGUAUCACGCUACUUUUGGAGUGUUUAAAAGAGGAGCAGACGCAUAAUCUCCCUACGCUCCUGAGUAUUCUACAACUAGCAACAAUAGAGGAAUACCUAGGUGACUGGCUCAAUUUGAUGGGUCAUCAAAGAGCGGCUUUGGAGCUUUUAACGAAACUAUUCACGCCCCAAACAAUCCUGAAGACGCGAAUUGGCCAGAUUUGUCUGACGUGGUAUUCUCGGUUCGAUGCUGGCAUUUCAUUCCUCCGAUUGACACGGUCGAAGCUAUCGCGAGACUGGUUAUCCGAUGCCGCCGCGUACUACGGAGAGAAAAUCAAGCAGAAGCCGAAUGAAAUACGAUGGCGAGCCGAAGAGCGUUUGAUACGACUCCACAUCAUCAGAUACGACAUGUCUGUCUUAUUCUCGGAUGCAGCAGACGGAGAGAUGUUAGAGUCGAGAUUUUUCGAAGAGCACGAGCAACUCGCAAUUCAACUGAAGUGUUGGAGAGACACAUGGGACUCGUCGCUAACGAUGCCGGAUUACGCUGUUCGUGAUUAUUCGUGGCGGCCGGCGCCAGAUGCAGACGAUAUCGUGGAUUCAUGCGAGCCGGGGGUGCUCUUUCAUCCCCCUCUUCUCAGCUCGACUAUCGUACUGGUGGAAUGGCACUCGCUAAUCAUAUUGCACAAGUCGCUGGGCAAGACGAUUUCUCGCGACAAACUUACGGCGGAUUUACUAUUUCACAGCUAUGCCGUAUGCCAACUGUUCGAAGCUUUGGGGUGCUGGCCUGCAACUCCAAAGGGUGUUGUUUCAGGCCUCGGGAUAUUUCUGGCACUCGUGUCUUUUUUCCUCCCCCGGGAUACGCGCCAUCGCGUGUGGUUGUGGCGAAGAUUUGCGCUUCUGGAAACUAUGGGGUCGAUCCAGACUCUCCCAUUUCGGUCGAAAAUAGCACAACUGUUCCGUGACGACAAGGCGAUACGGUGGUGGCUACCUGACGGCGAAGGAUUCAGCCCGAUACUGCAAAGUAUUCGCAACUUUGCUGAUGAACGGCAUAAUGCAGCGGACGGUGCGCAGCUUGACUAUAUUCGAGUUGUAGGGAAACUGUUUGAUAAGCUUGAUUUUGGAGCUGCAAUGGAACAAUAA